ACUGCCUAGUUCCAACAUCAGAACAAGUUAAAACAAAAGAAGCAAGAAAAAGGGCUUUCGAAAUCAAACACAGAGAAAGCCAAAUUAUUAUUAUUUUUUUAAGAAAAUGGCAAUCUACAGAAUCGCAAUUGGAAACCCCGGCGAGGCAAGGCAACCGGAUGCUAUUCGGGCAGCAUUUGCAGAGUUUUUCUCCAUGCUCAUCUUCGUUUUUGCAGGAGAAGGCUCUGGCAUGGCUUUUAACAAGCUUACUAAUAAUGGGGCAUCGACCCCUUCGGGACUAGUAGCGGCUGCAUUGGCUCAUGCGUUUGCUCUUUUUGUGGCGGUGUCAGUCGGCGCCAACAUCUCCGGUGGCCAUGUGAACCCUGCAGUGACUUUUGGUGCGUUCCUUGGUGGGAACAUAACGUUGUUGAGGGGCAUCUUGUAUUGGAUCGCACAGCUUUUGGGAUCCGUUGUUGCUUGCUUGCUUCUUAAGUUCGCCACUGGAGGAUUGGAAACAUCCGCCUUUGCCCUAUCAUCAGGAGUGUCCACGUGGAACGCUCUGAUUUUCGAGAUCGUCAUGACUUUCGGCCUGGUGUACACGGUGUACGCGACUGCAGUGGAUCCAAAGAAGGGUGAUUUAGGGAUUGUCGCACCAAUUGCAAUUGGGUUCAUUGUUGGGGCCAACAUUCUGGCUGGUGGGGCUUUUGAUGGUGCAUCCAUGAACCCGGCAGUCUCCUUCGGCCCAGCAGUGGUCAGCUGGACCUGGACAAACCACUGGGUUUACUGGGCCGGCCCAAUGAUCGGUGCUGGAAUUGCGGCUAUUGUCUACGACAACAUCUUUAUUGGUGAACCCACCCACGAACCACUUCCCGGCAGUGAUUUUUAGGGGCUUGGGGAAUUCAGUUGGGUUUCGUUUAUAGUUUUAUAAGUUGUUUGUUUGUGUUUGUUUCUUUUGCUUUUCUGUCUGUAGGAAUAUUAGGAAGAGUUGAUUGGAUGUUUGUUGUUUACUUAUUGAAAGUGUAUUUGCCGCUUCUUCAAUCAUUCAAGUGGAGCUACUUUUGGUUUGUUUUGUUUCCUUUGGACAAUGAGGAAUUGGCAGAAAAGGGUUUUUAGCACA